UCCGGAUUGUUGUCGGGGGAACAGGACUUCGGACCGCAGGGGUCCAGCUGUUUGGAUGUAGUCAAGGAUAACUACAAAGGCCCUUGCCUAGACACAGCAAGAGGGGGUACCCCAGUCCUGGGGUACCGACAAUAUCUUAUACAACUCAAAUUAUACUUUGAGGUUUCCACAAUCUUAAGUUUUAUAUACACUGAAAUAUAUUUGACAUAUUUUUUCUGUAUCUAUAGUUCACAAUAAAUGAAAUGUAGAAGUUUCACUUUUUUGAUUUGUUUUGCUAUAUUUAAAGAUUUAAAUGAGUUUUUAGAAUAAAAUAGAGAUUAUUUUCAAGGGUGGAUGAUUAUAUCACCUGCUCCUGCAGAUCAAUUUGUGAGUUAAUAUAAAAUAAUAUCAUACCUCAUAUUGUCAUACGUAACUGUGUGCUGUUGUGGAGUGGAGGGUACACUCGAGGAUUGAGGUAAGCAGUUCGAAUUCCGGUUUGCGCAAGUAUGCUAUUUUGUCAAAAAGUUAUACCAGGGGCUUGUGGUGGUAGCCGGUUGGUUGGUUUUUUGUUUCUCAUUUUUUUCAUUUUGUUGUUUUGAGUUUUUUUUUUAAUUUUUAAUUUUUUAGAAAUUGAUUUGUAGGGGCGGAUCAUGACCUACCCCUGCAAAUGGAUGUCUAAGGGCGGGCGCAUUACUCAUCCCUGCAAAUAGCAUUUCUAGCUGUGAGAAACAGGGACGGAUACCGCACCCGUCCCUUGAAAUAUGUUUUUACCCACCCUAAAAAUGUUUCUAUAGUUCUGUAUUCAGAUUGGAUACUCGGUUAGCCAGGCAAUCUUAGAUUGGUACCGGAUUAUGUUUCCACCCGGUACUAAUAUGGGAGGAUCCAUUAGUACCAGGUGGUAACACUACCCAGUACUAAAAUGUCCUUUUAGUAUCGGAUGGUGUUACCAUCUGGUACUAAAUACUCCAGACCCUUUGGUUCACUCCCAACAUUAGUAGUAGGUCUAGUCCAUACCGGUACUUUUGAGGUGGACCAAUGGCACCUUUUCCACUAGUCAGAUGCCUACAAUGCUAAAACCCUAGCCACCACAAAAUCCUAGUUGUAUUCACAGUCACCUGCAUAUGACGCCCGUGAAGUUCAAUUAUAUUGGCAGGCUCUGUAUUGUUAAUUUUUGGUGUAUGCAUAUUUCAUUUUGCAGAAGCCAAGCUCAAAAAAUUUCGCUCAAGGGUGGCAUUGACAGUUUCAACUGUUGCGGGCAUUCUCUUGGUCAUGGUUUGUGGUGUGUUUGCCAUCAAGAUCCAUAUGAGUAGAAAGUUUCAAUCAAUCAUUGGAGUGAACUCCAUUCAUGAAGAGAACAUUGAGGAACUACUAGAAAGCUAUGGUUCCUUAGCUCCAAAGAGAUAUAAAUAUUCACAACUAAAGGAAAUAACAAGAUGUUUUAGCGAAAAACUUGGAGAAGGUGGCUAUGGCAUAGUAUAUAAAGGUGUGUUACCAAGUGGCAUGUUUGUUGCGGUCAAGUUCCUCCACGACUUUACAAGAAACGGAGAAGAAUUUGUCAAUGAGGUUAUCAGCAUAAGAAGGACAUCUCACGUUAAUAUUGUUACCCUGGUUGGUUUUUGUUUGGAGGGAUCAAAACGAGCUCUUAUUUAUGAGUAUAUGCCUAAUGGGUCAUUGGACAAAUUCAUUUAUGAUGAGAAUUCAAAAGCAAGUCUUGGAUGGGAUAGGCUCUAUGAUAUAGCAAUAGGUAUUGCAAGAGGUCUAGAGUAUUUGCACCGUGGCUGCAAUACACGCAUCAUACAUUUUGAUAUUAAACCACAUAAUAUCCUUCUUGCUGAUGAUUUUGUCCCCAAGAUUGCUGAUUUUGGCUUGGCUAUGUUAUGCAAUCCAAAGGAGAGUUACCUAUCAAUGGCGGGCAUGCGAGGGACAAUAGGAUUCAUUGCCCCUGAAGUUUUUGCAAGGAGAUUUGGAGUAGUUUCUACUAAAUCAGAUGUCUACAGCUACGGAAUGAUGCUUCUUGAGAUGGUGGGAGGAAGGAAGGAUCUGAAAGCAAGUGUUGAUGAUUCUACAGAGAUAUAUUUCCCAGACUUGAUCUACAGCCAUUUGGCUGAAGUAGGAAGCUUGCACUCAUUUGAUAUGGCAGGAAAAACAGAAGAGAUGGCAAGGAAGAUGGCCUCGAUUGGCUUGUGGUGUAUACAAGUGUGUCCUAUUUCUCGCCCAACAAUGACCAAGGUUUUAGAGAUGUUCGACAAAAGCGCUGAUCAACUUGAGAUACCAUCAAAGCAACACUUCUAUUCUGCUAUAGAGGAGAACGCACCUGAGGUCUGAGGAGCCAACUUCAGCGCUAUAAAAGAGGAAGCCACGAAUCCACAACUCAACCAAAGAUCCUGACUAUAUUUAAUUUAUAAGUGCUCCCUUGUGCUGAUCCUCUCAGAGCGGUGCCAAACGUGCCAAAUAAACAAGAACUGUAAUAGAAUGAUUAGUCAAAAUAUGUAAAAAAAUGCAAAUACCAUAUUUAUGUAAAGAAAAUUUAUUGAUAGAUUGAAAUUUUGUGAUUUGGUAUGUGGAAAUUUCUUUGUCAGCUACA